CACACACACACACACAGAGGCGCGCAGUUAUACUGCAGGUAUGACAUCAAACGUGAUUAUCGCCUAAAUGACCUGUGCCGUGUCAUCACGGCAACCCCCCGCAGGCCCCCACCCACACUGCUCAGCUCCUAGUUAGAUUUUGUGACGUUGGAUCCCGGCGUCGGCGUGGCGGCCAGUCUGUUCAGGGCACCUUCCAAUUACUCCUUGUCAAUCACACAAACGCAGCGGCAGUGCACGUAGAUCUACUUGCGCACAAAUAACAGCGCAUGUGCUGCUCAUUUUACGCACGCUUUCAAUAAACAAAGAAAUAAAUACAAGAAAAAAUAUAAUUGGACAGAAACGCAUUUUUUCCCUUUUUGUCUAAAGAUUAAAUAGCCCGCCAGGUUUCAUUUUUGUUUUUGUGGGCAGUUUGUGAAUGAGCGCAUCGGGAGACGCUCUGACUGUCACCCACUGACUUUUCGUACCUUACGUGCAACGUGAGGCCUUGCGCCUAUCCCCUUUUGUCUGGCCAAAUUAUCAACGGGCGUCAUUAGAAAUGCAAACUAUGUUUUGAUUGCUCUGCCCCCGAGACAAAAACCACUGUUUUCACAAAAGGAAUGUCGUGCUACUAAUUAAAGACAAUUAGGCGCUCCCAACAAUGGGAGGGGGGCAAUUCGGGGUCAUAAAUCGACUCCUCCUCUGUUGGUUUAAGAGGUGCUGAAAUUGCUUUUUGUAUUUACAUGGGGAAGACAACAAUCAAAAUACUUACGCUUAUUGCUAGUAAUAAGGAUUGAUAUGCAGCUUUAACCGGUCAACUGUGGCAUAAAACCAAAAGACAUUCGCAAGUGGGUGCGAAUUUUAAAUAUCACCCACAAGUAUUAAAAAAAAGAAAGGUUUAACAAUAUUUUGUAAAUGGGUUUAUAGAGAGCAAGGGGAGCUACGCCUGCAUGGGUACGUUGUAAAAAGCUAACACUGGGCCAUAUAUAUUAAGGUGUAAAUUUCACACAUUGUUAGGCUCUGUCUUCAGCCCGUCGCUAAAAAGGCAGAUUAUCAGAGGUCGAUUGCUCAUUUCGCUUGAGAUUCAUGAGCGAAAAAAAAAGAUCCCCGAGAAAUUACACUGCUGAUUGAUAAGUCUUUUAGUUUUUCGGUGCAGGAAAAUGAAAAUUGAAAGAAGGAGAGCAGGGACGCAUUUAGCCAAUUGCGGCAGUGCCCGCUAUGAUUGGUCCAGACCGACGCCCCGCCCCCCAUGGCUUGAUAUGGGAAUUUACUGGCGCCAGCCGCAUCAGUCUGCCCCACAUCUCAUUAAUGCGCCUGAGCACUGCAAGGAUCAAGAGGUUUACACAUCCAGGGCUCUGUAUACCAUCAGCUGAUCACAACUGCAACAGGUAUCCCAGAGGAGAAGGAGGGAGAGCGAGUUAUUUAAGGAUUCUAUUUCUGCUGUAAAUCACAGUUCAGGAACUAUAUUUUAAGGAGGAAUCGACUUCCACUUGGAGGCAAAUAAAGCCUAAACAGAGAGGCAUUCAAGGGGAGAGGGAAAAAAAUAGAGACUGUCAGCUCAGACAUGGAGGUCGCAGCGGCAGAUCAGUCUCGGUGGAUGGCGCACCAUCAUGCUGUGCUGAACGGUCAGCACCCGGACUCUCACCACCACAGCCUGAGCCACAACUACAUGGAGCCCAUGGCGCCUUUACUGCCGCAGGACGAGGUUGAUAUGUUUCUGAACCACUUGGACUCUCAAGGGAACCCCUACUACACCAACUCCCGAGCAAGGGUCACCUACAGCCAAGCACACGCUCGCCUCACUGGGAACCAGGUCUGCCGGCCACACCUCAUCCACAGCCCCGGUAUUCCCUGGCUGGACCCCGGUAAAGCAGCUCUGUCUGCUGCACACCACCACAACGCAUGGGCGGUCAGCCACUUCAGCAAACCCGGCCUUCACCCCGCCGGCUCCGGCUACCCCUGUAGUAGCAGCACCGGCACCGCUCCGGUGUCUUCGCUCACUCCAGCGUCGCAUUCCAGCCCACACUUGUACAGUUUCCCCCCUACCCCUCCCAAAGACGUGUCCCCGGACCCCGGCCCUACCUCUCCGACCUCCACCUCAACCAGGAUGGAUGAGAAAGAGUCGAUAAAGUACCAAGUGCCGCUGACGGACGGCAUGAAAAUGGAGAGCUGCAGUCCGCUCCGCAGCGGCCUGGCCUCGAUGAACAGCCAGGCCCCAGCCACGCAUCACCCUAUCCCAACCUACCCGGCCUACUCUCUCUCUACACCCCACGAAUACGGCGGCAGUCUCUUCCAUCCCGGCAGCCUGCUCGGCGGGUCCUCGUCCAGCUUUACGCCCAAAUGCAAAAGCAAAGCCAGAUCGAGCUCAGAACUAUAUGCAGAGGGCCGUGAAUGUGUAAACUGUGGUGCCACGUCCACCCCGCUGUGGCGGCGGGACGGUACCGGCCACUACCUGUGCAACGCCUGCGGACUGUACCACAAGAUGAACGGCCAGAACCGACCACUUAUCAAGCCCAAACGGAGACUGUCCGCUGCUAGACGUGCAGGCACCUGCUGUGCAAACUGCCAGACCACCACCACCACCCUUUGGAGGCGCAACGGGAACGGAGAUCCGGUGUGCAACGCCUGCGGCCUUUACUUUAAACUGCACAAUGUCAACAGACCUCUGACCAUGAAGAAAGAAGGCAUCCAGACACGCAACCGCAAGAUGUCCAGCAAGUCCAAGAGGAACAAACGAUCAGGGGACGGCUUUGACGAGCUCUCCAAAUGCAUGCAGGACAAGGCCUCUCCCUUUGGUGGUGCGCCUGGCCUCGCCAGUCACAUGACCCACAUGGGUCACCUGCCCCCCUUCAGCCACUCGGGACACAUGCUGCCAACGCCCACGCCCAUUCACCCUUCAUUCGGUCACCCCCACCACUCCAAUCGCUCGCCGGUCUGGGCGGAGCCUCACUGAGGCCUUUUCAGACCCAGAGCCCCCCUUCGCCAUCACAUCGCCAUAAACACUAAAUGGCCUCCUGAGUCACGACAGCUGAGCAGCCUUGUUUCGUGUACAGUGGUUGUAGGGAAAAGACUUUCAGUCGGACUUGAUGACUUAUGGCUGCGUCACGGCUGACUUCACAGAUGAGCCGCUGCGGAGAGCGAGACUUAAGUGGACUCUGUAAAGAGCUAAUGUGAGGAGGGGUUCGUUGGGUGACAGGGGAUAGCAGGAUUGGAGAUGUUUGUCAUUCUUUUUUUGCUUAUUUUUUACUAAGUCACUUUGGUACCCACCUCUCCUUGAUCCUGCACCAGGAAACUCAUGAGAGGGCUUAAAAAGAACCGCUGUUUUCACCUCACGACCAUCUCAUUAUAUACUGAGACACACGCGCCCUGUCCAUCCCCAGGCUGUCGUUCACGACUGCUCCUCAGUGCUGGAAGUUUUCAGUACACCCCAAAACCAGUGCCCCUCUAACAUGCUGGAUUGUACACACCACCUGUUUUUGAUAACAGAGUUUUAUGAAAACAAAGCAAACAAACAAACAAAAAAAACGCAGUAAAUAGAGUGUUUAUAAAUGCUUAAUUGCUAUUAUUGUUGUUAUAUUGUUAUAAUUAUUGCUACGAUAAUUUAUUUUCACUCUUUAAGCUUUUGUCCAACACACAGAAAACGUCUGAUUUUAAUUUUGUGGUUAUUAUGUAAAGAAAACACUGACCUGUCUUAGAUGAAAAAGUCCCUGAGCUGUACGUUUUUAUCAUUUUUCCAUCUCACACAGAAAAGGAAAUAAAGUUUAAUACUGAGGUAA